AGAUGAGCUGAGAGACAACUGUCACUGGAUGACCUCAUCGACAUAAGACCAUCAUGACCUCCAUGAAUGACAUCAUGACUACGUUCAUCACUCAGGCCCCGACGGACAGCGGCCCGACGCCCACCGAUGACGACUACGAGGACUACCCCGACCUGAUGUGCGACCGCGAGUCCGUUCGGCAGUUCCGGCGUUUCUACGAGCCGCCGUUCUUCUGGCUGAUCGCCUUGGCGGGCGGCGCCGGGAACGUGGCCGUGGUCUGGAUCUACUUGAACGUGAAGCGGCGGCUGAAGACCAUGACGGACGUGUACCUGCUGAACCUCGCCGUGGCCGACCUGCUGUUCCUGGUCACGCUGCCGCUGUGGGCCGUGGAGGCGUCGCACGGCUGGAUGUUCGGCUCCGCCAUGUGCAAAGUGACCUCCGGCCUCUACAAGGUCAACCUGUUCAGCAGCAUGUUGCUGCUCACCUGCAUCAGCGUCGACCGCUACAUGGUCAUCGUGCAAGCCAACAAGUCACGCAACUCCAAGAGGGCGCGGCGUCGCUGCAACCGGCUGGUGUGCGGGGGGGUGUGGCUGCUCGCCCUGGUGCUCGCCACGCCAGAGUUCAUGUUCGCCACAACCUCCAAAGCUGACGAGGCCUCGCAGGAAAUGUGCAGGAUGGUGUUCCCGUCCGGCAACCGCACCAAGAUCCUGGUUCUGUCGCUGCAGGUGAGCAUGGGCUUCUGCCUGCCCUUCCUCGUCAUGACCGCCUGCUACAGCGUCAUCAUCGCCACGCUGCUCAAGACCCGAAACUUCCAGAAGCACAAAGCCCUGCGCGUCAUCCUGGCCGUGGUCGUGGCCUUCGUCGUGUCCCAGCUGCCCUACAACGGCGUGCUGGUGAUGGAGGCCACGCAGGCCGCCAACAUCACCGUGACGGACUGCGAGACGGUGAAGAGCUUCGACAAGGCGGGGCAGGUGCUGAAGAGUGUGGCCUACAUGCACGCCUGCCUCAACCCCUUCCUGUACGCCUUCGUCGGCGUGCGUUUCCGUAAGGAUGUGCUGCGGAUGCUGCGCUUCUGCCGCUGCCAGCAGGCGGCGCCCAAGAGUCAGCUGAGUAAGUCCAGUAGGUCCAGUAAGAGCGUGCUGAGCUCGCCGCGCCCCACGGUGAUGUCAGACAGCGAAACCUCGCAGGCGCUGUCGCUGUAGACGACCGUCGUUGUCACGGCAACACGCUGCGCCUUCAUCACUCGUCUCAGUCGGACUGAUUCUGUAAAGACUUCAGACUUUAACAUUUCCCUUCAUGAUGAUGUCAUCGAUUCUUUUGAAUUCAUAUUUACAGAGUGAUGUUAGUGAAGCUGUUUCUGUGUUUAAGGUUCUUUCUCUUCAGUUUCUCUGCAGAAGAAAUCAAAACUUUUCUACUUUUCUACUUUUUUUACUUUUUUUUUUUUACUGUUUUUACUGUUUUUACUGUUUUUACUGUUUUUACGUUGAAGCGUUGAAGCGUGUGGACUCUGGUGUUCAGUGAAUGUAUGACUGUGAUUUCAUAGCUGCUGUUUUGGAGUUUUUUUGGAGGUUUUGGGGCAGGUCUCGGCUCUCCUCAGAUAUUUGCAGUGUUGCAUCAUCCUGUUUCAACAGGAAAUGCAUCACAUGAAGGAGGUGCACCUGUCUGUCAUGUGACUCAUCUGUAACUCUUAUGUAUUUUACUGCUAACAUGCUAACAUGCUAAUGGUGUAAAUAGUUGUGUGUUUCUGUCAUGUAUGAAUAUGUAGCAUGUAGCAUGUAGCAUGUAGCAUGUAGCAUGUCAGACUGAAUGUAAAUGUGUUCACAGCUCCCUGAUGAAUAUUAAAGUGUUGUCAACAUGU